AUGGCCGACAACGACCUCCGAUUUCCCUCGCUUGAUUCCAUCCUAGGGCCCUCCGUCGGGCAGAGUGAGCCCACGGAUGCCUCCAACACGCCGAAGAAGCAGGUCCGCAAGCAGAGCAGAGAGACCAAGAAGACGCCUUUCCCUCCCCGCAAGGCUCCGACGUUGGAGGAGCCCAAAGAUGCCAACGCCGUCAAGCCGAAGCAGACCAAGAGCCGCAAUGGAUGUCUAACCUGCAAGGCGAAGCGUCUGAAAUGUGGCGAAGAGAAGCCCGGAUGUUCGAAUUGUUCAAAGAGAGGCGUCCCAUGUGGAGGAUACAAGAAGGUGUUUCAAUGGCGCGAAUAUGGCAAUACAGAGGUCAGGGUCAACGUGGAGCGAUCGAAGCAAGCAACAUCGAAGCCACGGUCACCCGCGAGACCAUCGCCGUCCACUGAACGUCCACCUCAGUUGCCACCGGCAAUCAAUGACUCCAAGCGCAUUAGCCAAGGGUCGUCACUUUCCCAUGCUGAGAAGAACCGCUCGUAUCAGUCGACCCCUCACGAGUCCUCUCCUUUGGACUACAACGAUCACGCGCAAGAUAGUCGAGGCAACUCACCAGCCGACGAUCCUCCAGAGCCGGCGCCCCCACCCCACCAAGUAUCAAGACCGCAUGAGUUCACAGGGACUUCUGCGCCGGUCGACUUCAAUUCGGCCACGUUCGCCUUCCGCUCUCGGUCGCUCUCACCAGGCGGGAAUCGUGGUGCGUCGCCGACCUUGACAGAGUUUAUGAUGUCUGGUCAUGCUGGCGAAGAUUUGCCCAAUCUUGACUUUGUUCCCUUUUCGAUGCCCGAUGACUUGUCCCUGCCGUUGUGGGCCGUCGACUCUCAGGAUCAACCUCUUACCGAUAGUGGCUUGGUCAAUGAUGGCUCCGAUAUCAUUGGACCUAUACAGCCCACCAGCAUGGACUCUUUCUGGUGGCCUUCUCGCUACCACUCGCCGCUAUCGCCAGCCUCAUCAGGAGAUGGCAACAAUAUGUGGAGCGGAGCAAUAAACAAUCCCUACAUGCAGCCAAGUUUCCCUAUUGAUAGUCAGGAAUUUCUGUGCGAACGAUUCGCCUCCGUCACAUGCGGCAUCCUGUCCGUCAUCGACGGCCCAACCGAAAAUCCUUGGCGAAGCCUGGUAUGGCCUCUCACCCACGACUCACCUGCUCUUCUGCACGCCUUACUAGCCAUGACAGCAUUCCACGCCUCCGCCGAAUUCCCGGCACUCCGUUUGGUCGGACAUGAGCAUAAACACAGAAGCAUCCAGAACAUCCAGGAGGGAAUCAGAGAUGACAGCAUGUCAAAUCAUACGGCGAUCGCGACAGCAUUGGCACUUGGCUUCUCGGAAUCGUGGGACCAGCACACGGCGACGGGCAACACCCAUAUCAAAGGCGCACAAGUGCUAGUGAAAAAAGCCAUGAAGGAGCAUGCUCGUGAUCCAUUGUCGGGCACGGAGCUUGCUCGUCUAAAGUUCCUCUGCAAUGCUUGGGUAUACAUGGAUGUCAUGGCUCGUCUGACAUCCGUGGACAGCGAUGAAUCCAACGACUUUGAUAAUACUUUUAUCUUUGCAGCCGAUCCACCUCCUCUGGUAAUGGGCAACGAGCAGCCUGGAUUCGGCAUCGACUUCGGAAUGCCAGUCGAUGCAAGGCUGGACCCAUUGAUGGGCUGCGCGGGCACUCUAUUUCCCUUGAUCGGCCGAGUUGCGAACCUGGUGCGCAAGGUGUGCAGGUCCCAGAUCAAUUCCCCUGGAAUCAUUAGCCAGGCGAGAGAUUUGGUGGACUCGUUGGAGAAUUGGAGUCCGCCAGAGUACAUCGAGCGACCCGAAGACCCUACCACCGACGUGCAACAUGCUCUGCAAACCGCGGAGGCCUAUCGUUGGGCAACGUUGCUGCAUUUGCAUCAAGCAGUGCGCGAGCUACCCUCAAUGACAUCGGCUGAGUUCGCCCAGCGUGCAUUGCAAUACUUGGCAACGGUUCCCUUGACCAGCAGAACCAUUAAUGUGCACGUCUAUCCAAUGAUGGUCGCUGGAUGCGAGGCGACUGACGUUGAAGAUCGGGAGUGGGUCCGUGGGCGAUGGGCUGUCAUGUCUGAUCGUCUCCGCAUCGGCGUCAUUGACARGUGCCUCGCCGUCACMGAGGAGGUAUGGCGACGCAAGGAUCUGUACGAAAGUGUACCGCGCACUCAGCGGCGAUUGUGUGCUACUGCAGACCUGCGUUCAGCUAGGCGCAGAGGAGCACCACUCACCCGCAGACCUCCUCCACACAAUGCCAGCCCUGGCCGCACCGGCAUGGUGUUUAGCUACGUGGACAACGACAACGAUGCGUCUAUCAACGGCAAGCCGGAUCACCGUCGACAGAGUUCUUCUUCUUCUUCCAGGCCCUCGAAGCUGGGUAGUAUGUAUGACCCCGAUAUUGUGGCAUACACCGUUCGUGGCCAUUUGCAUUGGGUCGGUGUGAUGUGGGAAUGGGGAUGGGAGGUUUUACUCGGUUGA